AGAAAUCAAAACGCCACCAGACUAAUGAACAUUUUUUUACUGCAAUAGUGCUCACCCCUUGCUGUGCAUGUGAGUGCUUGUGAGCCGAACAUGAAUGACAGGUGAUUGAUGGAUAUGUCUGAACAUAACCUCCAUGUGAUGCAAACAAAAUGACAAGUCCUGAGUUAAACAUACUCUGGGUUCCAACAAAGCCUGGGUAAUGCAACGAAUAAAUAAAAACGUGAUUUUGGCUGUUCUGACUGCAGCAAGUUGCUUGUUUCUUCUUUUCCAGCUGUAUUACUAUAGGUAUUACAUAUCUGUAAAGCAUUCCCCUGCAUUUCCCAAACUGAAGGAAAGUCUGUCAGCACCGGAAAAUACACAGUUGGGAGUGAUCAAGAAUUUUCUGAGCCUGGUUUCAAGCCAUAACUUACCAGUAUAUCUCAUUGACCCUGUGGUUUUGGGAUUUAUCCAAAAUGAUUUGGAUCAGCUAAGAAGGUUACCUGACAACAUUGUCUCUGAAUGCAAAUACUUCUGCAAGCACAGGGAUGUCACCACUUUUGCACUUUUGGAAAAAUUAUGGGGUCGCAAAGGUAACUUGUUUCGAUCUGCGGAGAAAAUGGGAUUUCAGUGGCAGAGGUAUGAUGGGAAAGAUCCACGACUUGAAGGGAUGGAUGACCUUUCAGGAACACAAAUUCCUCUACACUAUGUUUUCAAAAUAGCAGCUCAUGCAAUCCACUUGGUGGUAUUUUAUGAGAGAAGUGGCAAUUACCUCUGGCAUGGCCCAUUAAGGCUGAAACAUAAGAUGGACAAGAACUUUUUACCUUUUCGGAAACUUCCAAUAGGCCAAAAUGCUGGCGCUUAUGACAGACCUGAACUACUUAUGAUCACUGCAGAUGGAUUGAAGAUGCAGAUCCCCAAAGAUACAUCUCGAGUUUUAAAAGAAAUUUCUCGCUCCAGGUUUCUUGAGUGCAGAUAUAAAGAAGCUCGAUUAUUUUUUCAGAUGUAUCCUGAUGACGUUUCAUUGGAAGGCAUAGAGUUCAGAAAGAAAGCCAAAUCUCUCUUGCAAUUGGCAGCAUCAACCUUGAGUACCUUGGGAGUGACUUUUUGGCUUAGCAGUGGCACGUGCUUAGGGUGGUACAGACAGUGCAAUAUUAUUCCUUACAGUAAAGAUGUGGAUUUAGGGAUAUUUAUACAAGAUUACAAACCAGAAAUAAUUCCUGCAUUUCAGAAGGCAGGACUCCCACUGAAGCACAAAUUUGGCAAGAUGGAAGACAGUUUGGAGCUGUCAUUUUUUGGGGAUGGUGAUGUGAAACUUGACAUUUUUUUCUUCUAUGAAGAAGAUGAUCACAUGUGGAAUGGUGGAACACAAGCCAAAAGUGGCAAGAAAUUUAAGUACUUGUUCCCAAAGUUUACACUUUGUUGGACAGAGUUUGCUGAGCUGAAGGUCCGAGUACCUUGCGAGACUUUAGAUUAUUUGGAAGCCAAUUAUGGUAAAAACUGGGACGUUCCAUUAAAAGUAUGGGACUGGAAAAAUUCUCCACCCAAUGUGCAGCCAAAUGGCAUGUGGCCUGUGGAUGAGUGGGAUGAUGUCAUACAAAUGUACUGAGUGAAACAUUUAAUUGGGAGAUAUUUUAAAAAGCAGGAUGGAUUCUACCCACAUUAGUGGGGACACAAAACUAGACUGACUAGAUUUGCUAGAAAUGGAACAGAAAACAAUAUGUGAUGAACUGUCUGAGCUUGCAUCUCUUGCACUCAAAUUCAUUAAGAGAGGUAAUUACUACGUAACAAAUCAGGAUGCUUCUCAUUGAACUGGCUGUAUAUGGCAUUACAAUACCUUGCUACGUGCUGCUAGUUUUUUUUCAGUUGCUUAAUAUAUUUUUAGUGGUUAUUAUUUACACUUGGAAUCCAUCUUGAUGAUCCCACCAUGGUCUUAGUAAAUGUCUAAGACUAGUGACAUUUCAUUCAAAUCACAUGCUUUGUGAAUCCUUGCAGUGACAACUCAUGACAAACAUUCUUAUGCAGUUUAAAGGCCCUUUAUUAACAACAGCUAGAACCUGAUUAUUUAUCCAGAGCUCACACAGUUUAUGAAAAUGAAACUGAGUUAGUUACAUUACAGUUAUUAUGUAACAUACCUGUUUUUAAAUGUUUUAAAAUAUAAUAUACAACUGACUCUUCUUGAAUUUAGUUUGACGACAGUUAUUCCCUGAAUUAAAAGGAAUUUCAAGCCAGAAUUGAAAUGCACUUUAGUCCAUGUCAAUUUUAAAUAAAACAUUUUUUAUGAUAGUUUUAUUUGUAAGAAUGUUUCUAGUAAAAAUGUUAAUUCUUUCACUUUUAAGAUGCAAGGUUACAUGAAGCGUAUCUAGAAUCACUCUAUGCAACAGCAUUUUAAGUUAUUGCCGACACAUACAAGCCACUGCUGGCACUUUUAGAAGACACUGUUUGAAAUGCUGGCACAGAAUCUAGAUAUGCCUCUCAUGCCCGUGCACAAUAUAAGCUGUCACUCAAGUGUAUUACUAAAAUGCUUCUAUUCAAAACUAUAAAUUGCUUUGCCCCUCCAAUUCAUAACAAAAAAUAAAGAUUUUGGUAGAUAUUUCUAUUUAUAGCUUUAUCCAGAGGAGAAAAAAAAGAUUUUUAUAUGAUUAGUAAAAUGGGGUAAAAUGAAUACAUGUAUAUAUGUUUCUAGACCAUAUUUCUUCCCUUCAAGCCCAGAGUUUUUAUUGACAGCAGAUUGAAAGAUCAAUUAAAGCAACAUUUUGCAUAAACCAUUUGAAAAACAGCAGAGCUUGAGUUUUAAUUUUUAAUUUUUUUUUUGUCGGCAGAUGAUCUCUAAUACCUUAGUAUUAUCAAUUGUUUGCCGUAGUCCAAGUUCAGAUGAUUUUUUCAUUCCUACCUCAUAUCAUUGUAACCAUGUAAACUGUCCAUUAUCUUAUUUAUAACCCAUUUAAAAUACUGUAUAUUGAUUGCUUUUCAAACGUGUUAUUAAUUACAUUAAUUAAAAAAUAAAUGAAA